AAGUUUGGAAAUUGAAAUCUUAGUGCUGUGCAAUGGCAUCUUCAAUCCUCACUGAAUGCCGGAGGAUUGACGCUGCAGGCAGUGGUGCGUUGCCGAAGCACGACCUAUUAAAUGUUCUGGAGUCAGCCCUUCCGGAUUGGCGCGAAGAUGAUGUGGAAACGCUGCUCCACACUUGGGGUGAGCACAUCCAGUACGAGGCCUUCGUGCGUUGGCUCUUCGAGAUGCGCAGCUCAAGCUCGAGGUCCAAAUCUCGGAGCUUCAAGGUGGCCAUUUUCUCGUGUGCUCCCUAUGACCGAGAGUGGUUCGAUCGAGCAAACGAGGAGCUAAGCAGCAACAUGGAGUUUACCUACAACCCGGAGCAAUUGAAUAUGGACACUGUGAAGCUGGCACAAGGUUGUGAUGCGGUUUGCACUUUCGUGAACGACUUCGCAGGUGCGGAUGUGGUGGAAGCUCUUCAUGAGUUGGGCGUUCAGAUGAUCGCCCUGCGCUGCGCUGGCUUUGACCGCGUGGAUCUCAAAGCCACGGAGCGGUUUGGCAUCACUGUGGCCCGGGUGCCGGCCUACAGCCCGUAUGCAGUCGGGGAGCAUGCUGUUGCAUUGAUGUUGUCCUUGAAUCGCCACAUUACACGGUCCUACAGAAAUGCACGGAUUGGGAACUUCAGCUUGAAUGGUGCCAUGAUUGGACAAACGUUGCAUGGUAAACGAGUUGGCAUCAUCGGUACAGGUUUGAUUGGAUCCAUCACUGCACGAGUCAUGAAGAAGGGCUUUGAAUGUGAUGUGGUUGCUUAUGAUGUUUUCGAGAAUCCCAAGAUUGCGGACCCCGAGCCACAAGGCUUGGCAAUUCCCUACGUGUCCCUGGAUGAUUUGCUCUCCACUUGUGACUUCAUCUCUUUGCAUGCACCACUGCUGCCAUCCACGAAGCAUAUGAUCAACUUUGACAAGUUGAAGAUCAUGAAGAAAGGCAUCAUGAUUGUAAACACCUCCCGCGGUGGACUCAUUGAUACCAAAGCACUGAUUCAAGGCUUGAAGGACGGCACGAUUGGCGGGGCUGCCAUGGAUGUGGUCGAGAACGAAGCGCCGUACUUCUUCAGGAACUUCUCCACAAGCUGGAUCACAGACGAGAACAUCGCCGUGCUGUUGCGGAUGCCCAAUGUCCUUUUGACGCCGCACUUGGCCUUCUUCACACGAGAAGCUUUGAAGACAAUCUCCGACACCUCUUUGAAGAGCAUGGCAGGCGUUCGUGAAGGCUCCGGGCCACCUAAGCAGAAUGGCAAGUUGGAUUGUGUUUGCUUGCCUCCUAAACAGGAACCUUCCGUGCAGCGUAAAGAAACCCAAGCAGCUGCAAUGAGUUUUAUGCAAAGCCUUCCUCCUCCAGUACAUCCCAUGAAGGCCGAGUACUUCCCGGCGUUCGAGAACGCCGAUCAUACUUUUCGCAUCGCGUUCUUCUCCGCCACGCCCACGGAGAUCGAGGCCUUCCAGAAGGGCAACGAGGAGUUCAAGGGGAACUUCACCAUUGACUUCUACAAGAGUCGUUUGACCAUGGAAAGCGUGGACCUGGUGAAAGGCGCCCAGGGAGUGUGCAUCUUCGUGCAUGACGACGCGUCGGCUGAGGUGCUGAAAGCGCUGAAAGCCCAGGGGGUGAAGAUGUUGGGUCUACGUUGCAGUGGCACAAACAAUGUGGACAAAGAUGCGGCCGAUGAACUAGGGCUCACUGUGACUCACGUGCCGGGCUACAGUGCCUCUUCCACUGGCGAGCAUGCCGUGGCCUUGGCCACUUCCGUGAUCCGAUGCAUCCCACAAGCCGUGGAGAACACCAGGCGCUGCAACUUUGAGCUCAACGGCUUGCUUGGCUUCGACAUGAUCGGCAAGAAGGUGGGCAUCAUUGGCACCGGCCGAACUGGAAAAGUCGCAGCACGAAUCUUCAGCGCUGGAUACGGAUGUGAAGUAUUGUGUCACGAUGUGGUGGAAAAGUCGCAGAUAAAGGAGGCUCCUCCCAAUGGGCUCGGCUUGCGAUACGUGUCUCUCGAUGAGAUUUUCACCCAGAGUGACAUCAUUUGCCUUUUCGUACCGCUCAAUGGCAAGACGACCAAGCUCAUUGAUGCAGCUGCCAUUGAGAAGAUGAAGAACGGCGUGAUUCUGGUCAACACCUCAAGGGGUGGCCUUAUCGACAACAAGGCCUUGAUCCAGGGUUUGCAACAGGGUAAAAUUGGUGGAGCUGGGUUGGACGUGGUGGAGGGCGAAGAUGCAUACUUCCACACUGAUUGGAGCAACAAAGUUGUGGAACAUGACGAUCUUAGUGUUCUGACCUGCUUCAACAAUGUGGUGGUCACCUACCAUCAGGCAUGGUUUACCGUGGAGUCCAUGAAGAGCUUGUGCCAUACGACCUUGCGGAGUUUCCAUGCCUGUCGUCUCGGUGAAGAACCACCACUGCAGCGCAACAAAUACAAGACCGUGGUAUCGAAGCAAGAUGGAGACUGCACCGCAUCCAUUGACUUUAUGUCUUUCCGGCGCAGCAAGAAAGAAAUUGAAAGUGCAUAAGAACACUCUCUGAGUGUCGCGGCAGGACUUGGAUUUGUUUCAGGCGUGCGCCAUGAACGGCGCGCAGAACGCCAUCUGUGCGCCCUGUAUCUCUUGAGCCAUCAGAUGUGUUCCGCAUCUGCGGACAGGUGGAUGCACAGCUGUAAACACCAAAUCACGC